AUGCACGAUGAUGCUUUGAUCCAGGACGUUGUGCGGCUGAUCUGCCGCAUCAUCCGUAGGACUGGACUCCAAUCGAGAAGAGUAGCUCUUACAUGGCACCCGAAUCCGAGGUACGACUCGGCACUCAACAUCGGCUCGGCAAUGCCAAUUACCCACAAGAGCACCGGAUCUGGAAGAGAACCAUGGUACACGCUGACGUCCAUGCAUGACUUUGCUAACGCCCCGUUAGGGACGUUGUUCGGAGUGCCUCGGAUGCUCAGGAUUUGCUGCGACUAG